UGGCGGGGAUAGGCCAGUCCUGCGGGUAGCUACACUCCUGGCGCUACUGAUCGAGUGGGAAGCUCCGCCAAUGAGAGAGUCGCAGGCGCCCGGAGCCCACCCCGCUCCGCAGAAAGCCCCCGCCCCUGGCAGCAAGGCCCCGCCCCCGGGCUGCAAGGUCCCGCCCUCGGGCGGCAGCCCCCGCGAGGGCGCGGUCGUAGGGAGUGAGGUCUAGGCUCGCGCUCGCGCUCGCGCACUCUUUACUGUCAACCUCCCUCCGUCAGCUGUCUCGCGUGGCCCGGGCCUGUGGUCGCGCGCGCGGCCUCAGGGCGAGAUGAGGCGGGCGGCGUUGCGGCUUUGUACCUUGAACAAGGGGCUGCGUGCUCCUGUCAGAGGACUCGCUCAAGGAUCCCAAGAUCCCAAGAAAAAGAGUGUCCUCCGCAUGCAUGAAGCAUGUUCACCUAUACAUGUGAAUCACGUUCGAGAUAAGUUGCGGGAGAUAGUAGGAGUCUCCACAAACUGGAGAGACCAUGUGAAAGCAAUGGAGGAAAGAAAAUUACUUCAGAGUCUUUUGGCUCAGUCACAGGAAGGACUGCCCCCCAGGAGAAUGAAGGACAGUUACAUCGAGGUUCUCUUGCCUUUGGGUAGUCAGCCUGAAUUACGAGAGAAAUACUUGACUGUUCAAAACACCAUCAGAUUUGGCAGGAUUCUUGAGGACCUUGACAGCCUAGGAGUUCUUAUUUGCUACAUGCACACCAAGAUUAAUUCAGCUAAGAUGUCUCCUUUGUCUAUAGUUACAGCCCUGGUGGACAAGAUUGAUAUGUGUAAGAGGAGCUUAAGCCCAGAACAGGACAUCAAGUUCAGCGGCCACGUUAGCUGGGUUGGGAAGACAUCCAUGGAAGUGAAGAUGCAAAUGUUUCAGUUACACGGCGAUGAAUUCUGUCCUGUUUUGGAUGCAACAUUUGUAAUGGUGGCUCGUGAUUCUGAAAAUAAAGGGCCGGCGUUCGUAAACCCACUCAUCCCUGAAAGCCCAGAGGAAGAAGAGCUCUUUAGACAAGGAGAAUUGAACAAGGGGAAAAGGAUCGCCUUCAGCUCUGCGUCAUUACUGAAAAUGGCUCCCAGUGCCGAGGAGAGGACAACCAUACACGAGAUGUUUCUUAGCACACUGGAUCCCAAGACUAUACGUUUUCAAAGUCGAGUUUUACCCCCUAAUGCGGUGUGGAUGGAGGAUUCCAAACUGAAGAGCUUGGUGGUCUGCCACCCUCAGGAGCGGAACAUUUUCAAUCGGAUCUUUGGCGGUUUCCUUAUGAGGAAAGCCUAUGAACUUGGAUGGGCUGCUGCUUGUAACUUUGGUGGUUCCCGACCAUUUGUAGUAGCCGUGGAUGAUAUCAUGUUUCAGAAACCCGUUGAAAUUGGAUCACUGCUGUUUCUUUCUUCGCAGGUUUGCUUUACUCAGAGCAAUUACAUUCAAGUCAGAGUACACAGUGAGGUGGCCUCUCUUGAGAAUAAAGAGCACAUGACUACCAAUGUCUUUCAUUUCACGUUCAUGUCAGAAAAAGAAGUGCCCUUGGUUUUCCCCAAAACCUACGGAGAGUCCAUGUUGUAUUUAGAUGGGCAGCGGCAUUUCAACUCCAUGAGUGUGCCGGUGACCUUGAGAAAGAACUACCUUGUGGAGCCCUAGGAAGACCAUGCAUGUUCAGGACCAGCGCUCCAUGGUGGCAUAGUGUCCGGUGAAAGCCCGAUCAAGUGUUUUGGUUUCAGUCUUUAUUCUCAUCCUCCGUUGAGAAGAAGAAUGUACUCAACCUUUAGGGUUUUCAGCAAAGCAGAAUAUUAGAGUGGCUGGGUGGGGUGGAGGGAGAGGGAGUUAUUAAACAAUAAACACUCUCAAGACCAUUUAAAUUGGGAACCUAUCAUGUCGCCUCCUGUGUGGUAAAGAAAGGAGGGCAGAAUGCCUUAAUACACAGUUGGAAAUGUUUCUUUUCUUAUACUUAUCACAAGCUAUCCGUGUGUGCGGUUUCCUGCCAAGGUAUUUGGAGGGCAUUCCUUAAGCCUGACCUUUGCUGCAGUUCCCCUGUGUUGUCUAAAUCCCAUCGACCCUGCAUGAUUCCUCUGAUUUGCCUCCCUCUCCUUCCCAGCUUUUGUUGUUAGCAGGUGGCAGAUGAAAAGUCGGGGUGAAAGGAGCAAACCAAAGGUGAGGCAUUUGGAAGGAUAUGUGGGAAGCUUUGGAUGGAAAGCCGUACCUGGAGGAGGUGUUCAGCGGUGAUCUGGAUGAGGACACACGGCACCGUGUGUUCAUUCUCUCAUUUACCAGACACCUCUUCGUGCUCUGCUCGGGGCUGGCCGGGACGUAUCUGAUUCCACAAGCAGCACAGUCACAAUAACGUCCGCGUAGGCUUGCUGGACCCUUGCCGUGUGCUGGCUCAUGGAAUCCUUCCACUGCCACUGGAGGUAGAUUCUCUGACCUUCUCAGGUCACUCAGGAAACUGAAGCAGAGAGGUUAAGUGACCUGCUCACGAUCUCACAGGUAGGAGAUGGUGGCACUGGCAUUCAGAGGCAGGCAGUGUGGGGCCAGGGCACGCUUGGCGGUACACGGAACUGCUUUCUGAGUCCAGGAUCACAGUGCCACCUGGGAACCGAAAGGGAGUCUGGCCAGGACAGAGUUUCUUCCUUGAGGGGCUGGGAGGUUGAUUGAGUCCGGAAGAGACAGCAGCCGGGCUGCAUAGAAGGAAAGCGUCCUGUCUGGCAAGCUGUUUCCCACAGUGUUGCUUGCACCAUCCUGAGCUUCCCUCCCCUUCGGUACAGCAUUUUGCAUGUUUCUCUGUGACUCGGCGGGGACCCUGGGAGUUGUGUGAAUGUGUCAAGUGCAGUUAAGAGACUUACUCUCUGCUGUUGUGUAGAUUAUAUGUUACAUAUUAAAACAUUUAGUGCUUCUUCA